GCAACAGGAGAUUGAAGUGGAGAGCAAGAGAGAGAAGUUAAGAACAAAGAGCUAAGAAGGUGCACCAAAAGGGGAACCCCCAACCCCAAAUGUAUCGAAUAACUUCCUUAUCAGUCUUUCCUUUUCUUCCUCUCUCUUUCUUCUUACUGUGUUCACCUCAGCAACAACAGCAAAGCAACUAAAUUGAAAGCUUAAUUCAUCUUUCAAUUAACCAAAACAAAAUCAGCUUACAAACACAAGAUGCCUAGACCUGGUCCUAGACCAUAUGAGUGUGUUAGAAGAGCUUGGCAUAGUGAUACACUCCAACCCAUUAGAGGUUCUAUUAUUCAACAAAUUUUCAGAGUGGUUAUUGAAGCUCAUAGUUCUGUCACUAGAAAGAACAGAGAAUGGCAAGAGAAAUUACCUCUUGUUGUGUUCAAAGCUGAAGAAAUUAUGUAUUCUAAAGCUAAUUCUGGGGCUGAGUAUGUAGAUCCUGAGACACUUUGGGAAAGACUUAAUGAUGCUGUUGACACUAUUAUUAGAAGAGAUGAGAGUACUGAAACUGAAACUGGUCCAUUUCUUCAACCAUGUAUUGAAGCUGCCCUUGUAUUAGGAUGUCAUCCUGUUAAAGCGUCGCGUAGCCAGCGGAAUAGUAAUCCGAGGAGUUAUCUCAACCCAAGACUCCAAGAACAUUCUCAGGCAGCAGCACCUGCUUUUCCCGAUAAUACGAAUUACCACAGAUCACCUCCUCAACCACCAAAUCAUUCUGGCAGUCCAUUAAAUUUGUCGAGAUCAACGAUGGGGAGUCAGGCUACUACAUCUUCGAUUUCAGGCAGUCAAAUGGUGUCCAGUCCCAGCUACAUUGCUACCCAAACUGGCCCUUAUCCUCAACCUAAAAUUCCUGGGCCCAGGCCUUCCCUGGUUAUGGAAUCAAACUCUUUGUUAAACUUUGGUUCUGUGAAUACAUUGUAUUAUGGUAGUCAAAUUCAGAAUGUAGAACCCCAUUUUGGGUAUAGGCCGCCUCAAAAAUCAAAUCAAGUGAGUGUAAUUUUUGGCACACCCGUGGGCUGGCAAAGAGCACAGCCUACUUGUAUUACCGAGACAAGGAACCUACUACUUGAUGAAAAUGUGGAUUCUACCGCUGAAAAGAAUGGUCAAGUGACAUGCGUUGUCAGCCGUGAAAUGGCUGAUGAAACGGAUUGUGAUUUAUCUUUACGAUUGGGUCCUUCCGACCCAGGUACAAGUGUUGGAAGGGGUUUUGGUUGUCUGUCCACGGAUGAUGGUUCAAGUAGUUAUGUUCAAUGCAGCUCUAAGAACACAGAAAUAUGUUUCUUUCCAAGCCACAUCGGUAAUGGUCCCUCCGACUGCAGCGACCAUAGACUGGAACAGAAGAGUCGGGUUUUGGAUAUAAAUGCAGCUCUAAGAAAACGGAAAGCUCCUGAUCAGUCCGAGUUAGAGGAUGGAAAUGUUCAAUGGCUUCGAGAGUUCCAACCUAACAGUUUUCAUGGUCAAUAUAGAUGGCCAGCGUCAACAAGCCUGGUCUUCUUCUGACCAUGUCCUCUUAACAAUAUAAUGGAAGGUGGCCCAUCUGGGCCUUUCCACCUUGUCACUACCCAGAAACAUUUUCCCAGAACUGGUGGCCAGCAGCGAGGUAUUCUGUACAAACUCCAUAACAGUAGCAGCUCCAUCUCCCUGCAAGUCCAGCCCGUUCUUGCAUUCUCUACUGCAUCCGCAAUGGUACAUGUAUAUCAAGGCAACGUCGUACAUGACUACAAAGCGAGGUAUUCUCUAGUCUUAAUUAUUAGUUUGAGCACAAUUCGUCAUGUAGUUGUUGCCUUGUUAGUGAUACCCACUCGAUUCGUGCCCAAUAUGGAUAUACAUCUAUCCCCACCCCCAAUUCUUAAUUGAAUAUGAUAAUGUACUUCAAGGAAUUGAUCUAUGUUUUUUUUUCGAUUACUCUUACAGUCCGAUAAAAAGUAUUAUCUCUAUUUCUGAUGAAAUUCCGUUGAUUUGUUUUGGCUUAUGUAGUCUAUCUUAUAGGUUGCGAUAAAAGAUUUGGCAUUGUUGUAUGCCCUAAAAUUGAUUAAGAAUCUUGUUUCCACACAGACUCAGAAAUAUGUUCAAUAAUUCAAGUUUUGUUCAAUUUGACCGUUUUGGAUUUUCUAUGAAUGGAUGUGAGAAUACGGGUGAUCUCUACCAUAUCCUUUUCUUUCAUAUCAAAUGCUUUCAAUGUGAAUAUGUGAUAAUGACUGAAAACAUACAAUAUAGACCAUUUCAAACAUGCCCUAAACAAAAUUGACGAUAUUUAAGUUCUAGAUUCGAAACAGUUAAGACAAGUGAACCCUAGAGUUAUCUAGAAAAAAUGAUUCCAUCCCGGAAGCGACCCUAAUGGGAGUGGAGGAGUCAAAUCCCUGACUGCAAGUAAAAAGAGUAACAUGUUUGCAGAGGACUAUUGAUAGUUCAUUGGUAGAUGUUAAUUGUCCUGUCCUGACCCACACAAACUGUUUUAUGGUAAUAAUGUAAUGUGACAACAUAAUCCAUCCAACUUUGUACUUGUUUGAAAAUAUCAAACAUGUUUUACUUCUUGCUCUCUUUUUUAAGCACUAUUUUCUUUGUCCCACUAAAUGUGCUCUAAAUAUGUUUACUAAGCAAACCAAAACAAGUAAAAAAAUGAUAAAAAUGUAUAUUUUAUGGUGUGUGUAGGGAUAAAGAUAUAAGUUUAAAGCCUGAAUAAAAAUUAAAGAAAAAAUGUAAAUCAUAACUAAAAUAAAAAUUGAGGCAAAUUUAAUAGAACGAACUAAAAAGGAAAAUGAGGCAAACUUUGUUGGAAGGGGUAUUUUGCUAUAUAUUCUAAUCCUGUGCCCUUAAUUUGGCCUUAGCGACAAUUAGUGGAAAACUUAAGAAAAGUGGGUAAAAUAGUAUGGAGUGUUAUGGAAAAUAGGAAGAAAAGAGUAAAAGUGAUGAAAAGAUAAAUUAAGUGUGUGGAUGAAACUUAAAAAUAAGUGUAAAUCAUGAUAAAAAUAGAAAAAAGACUGUAAUUAGAGGCGUUCAAUGGGGGGGUGGAGUUAUAUUUUAACGAGUCAUUAACAGGUCGAGUCAGUAACGGGUCAGAUCAUUAAUGAGCCUUGGUGUUAAGGGUCGGGUCGGAUAACUACACGAAUUGGUUGCGAAAAAAUUUUACCGCUUUUUUUAAAAUAUUUUUAUAUGAUAUUAUUAUAUACAUAGGUGAGUUAACCCAACGGGCCAUAAAGUAGAAUAAAAAAAACUAUUAUAUGAACAUUUAAAAUACAGGUCAAAGUGGGUUGGGUUUAAACGGGCAUUGUCCCGACUCGAUCCGCCUGCCCUGCCCUGUUAAACACCUCUAACUGUAAUUAAGCUAAAAUCUUCCUAAAAUACUCACCAACCUAAAAUAUCUUAACUAAUAUUCUUUAGAAUAUUUAAAAUAUCACAAUAUUCCUCAACAUCCCCGCAAGUAGUCAAGUUGGAGCAUGAAGAUGACAAAUGCCUAACUUGUUAAGGAGAAAAGUAAACUGACUAUGGCCUAGAGCCUGAGUGAAGAUAUCUGCCACUUUACUAUGAGUAGAAACAUGAGAAGGAUGAAAGAUACCAUCACCAUAGCAUCAUGAAGAAAACGAUAAUCAACUUCUAUAUAUUUUGUCUGUUCAUGAAACACUGGAUUUUGAGCAAGAUGUAAGGCAUAUUGACUGUCACGAUACAAACUAAUAACUUUUGGGUGUCGCAACUCGCACACCUUAACUUUGAAGCAAACCCUUUAACCAUUUUAGUUCAUAAGUAAUACAUGUUUGUUCUAUCUUGUGCUUAUUCUCAUAUCUUCAAUGGCUUCAACUUACAUGGAGGAACAUUCUUGAAUAUGACCGUUACCUUUGGAGUGAAAUCUCCAAGAUCAAGCCAAAUGAUGAUACAACAGAGAGAGUAUGAUAUUAACUCAACUAUUAAUUAGCCUCGCCACCUUCAUGAAGAAAACAAAAAAUUAUAGGAUUCUUUUGAACAAAGUUUUAAAAACGACUAAUACUUACGUCCUCUUUAAUGAUGCAACUACUCCACAUCAUGCUCAAAAACAUUAGUAUUAUUUAUCUUUUUAAUAUACACCCAAUUAUAUACUAAAAAACAUAUUUUGAUUUAUUCGAAAAAAGUUACCCCAAUGGACUAUUUUAACU